AUGCCGCCUCCUCCUAGUCACCCCGGUGGUGUUGGGCCGUCGAACUUUGACAAGUUCAAGAUGGGUGCUAUGAUGGGCGGCACUGUCGGAACCAUCAUCGGCUUCAUCUUUGGAACCGUCAACAUCUUCAGAUAUGGCGCUGGCCCGAACGGCAUCAUGAGGACACUAGGGCAGUACAUGCUGGGCUCCGGCGCGACAUUCGGCUUUUUCAUGUCAAUCGGAAGCGUGAUUCGCUCCGACUCCUCGCCCAUCAUCCAAGAAGCCUACCUCCGCGCCCAGCGGCGACCCAUCAUCAUGGCUUCACAUGCCUUCCGCCCCUACCGAUCGGCUCCGCGCAACAACUGA